CACACACACACACACAGACGCACUGAAAGAGGAAAAGCUACCCGGCCCGGCCAGCACCCGAUCGACCCCAGUCAGUCAGUCUACGCGUGUGUGGGCUUCACGGGCGGUAGCUCUGUCUGCGAGUAGGGGUUGGCCGCCGCAUGGGUGAUGUCAUAGUCGACCGUCUUGCCGUCCUUACGGGGCGUCUCGACGUCGUCCUCGUGUUGGCGAUAAAACGACUUCUUGCCGAACACGUUGCGCGCCUGCUUCUCGUCCAUGUCCUGGGCAGCCGACCGCCGGCAGUGCCGCGCGCACAUGCACAUGGUGAGCCCUCCACAAAGCAAGAUGAUGAUGGGGAUCAUGACGACCAGCACCCACUCGCUCGUCGCGAUGUGGCGGGGCGAGUCGGGGCAGGACAGCGCCGCCGGGCCGCCUGCUGGGGCGCCACUCGACGUCGCGACAAUCGCCUUAGGAUCACGCGCAUCUGAAUCGACAGCCAAAGAAAGGACAUAUAUGCGACGCUUGUGUGUUUGUUUCGGGGGCGGGGCUCUUGGUUAAUUACCAGGUUGCGGGGCGAGGCUGCAUGGCUCUGCGUUGCAGCGCAUGAAGCGCAUGAGCGCCGGGCACGCGGCGCCGCCGUUGAUCUCUCGCCGGAUAAUGUGACGCACCUGCUGCAUACGCCCACCUGACCAGAUAGAUACACCACACCCAACACGCAAAUCAAAUCCAUCCGCUGUCACCAGAAUGAAGUCUUCUCUCCCAUAUGGUACGUACCGUCUCCGCCACAGGUCUCCUGGGUGCACUCCUCAAUAGUUCGCCAUGGCGUGACCAGGCAGUCGGAGGAGAAGUCCAUCCGGAUGUUGCGGCCGUCCUUGACGUACGUCUUGAAGAAGUCGCUCUCCUUGAAGCUGCUGUGGUCUGCCUCGACCUGGCAUGGCAACCCACACAUAGCCACACCACACACCACACACACGUGUGUGUGAUGGAUGGAUGGAUGGAUGGAUGGCCUGUGUGCCUGCGCACCUGUUCGUUGAAGGCUUGAAGCACCUCCUCUGGCGCAGGGGCGGUUUGAGAAUCGCCGUCGGUCUGCAGGUUGGCAGGGCCCACUGCCACAUUGGCGAUGUAGGAGCUGCCCUUACGCCCAACACGAGCUGCCGCCACACGGUCCACACUCACUCCUGGUGGACAACCAACACACACACACAGCAUACGGGAGUGUGGUUCGUGUCAAGAUGAUCUGUGUUUGCGUAUUGGCUGACCGGUGCUCUCGGCCAGCACGUCUCUGAGUUGUGAGAGGAAUUCGGUCUGCUGGCGCUCGUCCUCCUCUGAGAGCUCUUCCUUAGAUAUCUUGAGCUUCACAACACCCGUCACCGUCUGACGCGCCCUGCACACACACACACACACACCCAAGACACACACAACACAACACACACAUGAGGGGCGACCGUGUGUGUGUGUGUGUUGGAGCACAGGGGCGCUCACUGAAUGUGCUGCUUGUCGUUGAGGAAGGUGUCAUCGAAAGCGAUCCAGUCGACAUAGACUUCUUCCUCCUUGCCGCCCAUCGAGUACCACAUCUCCGCCGCGCACACGCGGAAGCCGCUCUCGCUGAUCUGCUCGACCCACGUGGUUAUGGCCCUGGCCUCAUGCAUGUCGCCGUCGCCCUCGGUUAUGGCCAUGGCCUCCUUGUCGCUGCCAUUGUGGCCCGCCGAGGCCAGCACGUGUGGCACCGUCAGGAAGCGCUGAGCGAACAUGAUGUCGGUGCAGCCGUUCUUGUUAAAGGCCGACUUGUCCUUGCUGCCGCCGCGAACACUGCGGGAGCGGUGGUUGUCCUGGUUGAGGGAGAUCUUGUCUGAGCCCGCCUGGGAGCCGGGGGGGCCCUCUGAGGGCUCGAGUGCCAUCCAGUUGACGUGCACGGGGUAGUGGCCAGUGUCGCCGAACACCGGCGCGUCACCCACACACACCUGCGCAACACAGACAGACAGACAGACAGACAAGAAAAAGACCAGUCCGCACACACAAGGAUUGACGCGUUGCGUUCUGUGUCUGUGUGUGGUCUCCUUCAUCCGUACCAGCGCCUGAUCCUUGAAGACGGCCUCCGCCCAGGCACUGUCCGAGUGGUUGAAGGGGUUCUUGCCCACUGGCAGAUGCUCAACCGAGGGGAAGAACAAAGGCGCGGUAUGGAAGGCCGGCUCGAAUUUGACCCACUCGCAGUGCUGCCCCUGGAAGGUCCGCUUCUUCGGGUCAGAGGGGAACCGAGUGCGGCCCCCCUGCGCGCCAGCGAAGGGUGAGUCGCCCUCGAAGGCGAUGUAGUCGACGUGCAGGUUGUCGUGGAUGUGGUGUUCGCCAGGGCGGACGUGUGUGGUGUUGUCGUUGAUGCAGACGUCGAAGCGGCCAGUGGGGUUGGUCGACCAGUCGAUGUCGAACCACGCACUGCUCGCGUCUGCACAUCGUUUAUCACACACACAUGGCGUCUGUGUCUGUCUGUGUGGUGUCUGCUCGGUGGUGUGUGUGGCUUGGCUUGGCUUGGGUGGCUGACCAUGGUCCGACGGCCGUGUGGCGCUUUUGCCGAAGUGCGUGGUGGUGAAUACGAUCUUGACCCGGUCCACCUGGUCCUGGAAGGCCUGCUCGAAAUUCACCCUGGCGCACAUGAUGCCGCUCUUCUUGUAGUAGGUCGGAGCAAACGGCUCGCCAGACGUCACCGUGCCCGUCACGUUGUGCCGCCCUGCAAGCAGCAGCAAACAAACAAACAACAAACACAACGAACCAUCACCACCCGUUGCAAAGCCCCUCCCUCCCCGCCUCCCAGUGAGUGUCAGCACCAUAUCUGAUGUCGUUAAGUGCGGCUUCGACGGCCGCCGCAGAGAAAAGCACAAGGGCGGCUCGUGCGAGGGACAGCACCACCAUCUGAGCAGCCACGAAGGGAGAUAUGGCCGUUCUCUUUGCAGGCACCGAGUGAGGAAGGGCAGUGUAAGGCACCGUAGGACACGGAGCCGCUAGAUGGCACCGCCGAGGCUUAGGUGGUCUGCUGACGAGCGUGACGUCUAAUGAAAGUCACCGAGCGUCAACGCCGACAUGCCGUUACGCCCAUCAGGG